AUGCUUCGAACCAGUGCAUCGACAUAUGUAGUUCUAAAGCGAGAACUAGACAUCUACAAGCACAUCAAUUCGGUGGAAGCACAACAUCCCGGGAGAAACUUUAUUCGUAAACUCCUCAACUAUUGUUAUCUCCAGGGCCCUCAUGGCUGUCACAUCUGUCUUGUUCACGAGCCUCUAGAAAUGACUGCGGAUUUUCUGCCUGCUAUCCGACAGCUACUUGUUGCCCUGGAUUUCCUGCAUUCAGAGCCUAAUGUCGGCACAGAUCUCCAGCUAAAGAACUUACUACUUCCCGGCCCGGAGACAAGCCAUCUUUUCCAAUUCGAAGAGUGUGAAGUUGCAAACCCAACACCCCAAAAGAAGCUUAAAGAUCGAACAAUCUACAGGUCUUUAGGUUUUCUUCCUCCAGGCGGACUGCCAAUUCUCGCUGAUUUUGGGGAAGCUCGAUUUGGCGAUGAAAAGCAGAAUGGCGAUAUUAUGCCGAAUGUUUAUAGAGCUCCGGAAGUGAUUUUGAGAUCGAGCUGGGACUACAAGGUAGACAUAUGGAAUAUCGCUAUGGUCGCCUGGGAUAUUGUUAGCUGUCGCACCCUGAUCAAUGGCAAAAACCUAGAUGGCAUAUUUAAUGAUAGGGUCCAUAUGGCAGAAUUGAGACACCUCAGCUCGGCCUUCUGGGAUGAAUCGGGGAAGUGGAAGGAAGUUGCCCCCAUUCCAGAUAUUACCCUCGAGAGCCUGGCCUCGGAGGUGGAGGGGAAGAUAAAGAGGGAUUUUUUCCGGUGGCUCCGGAUGGCCUUGCAGUGA